AUGGCUGGUCUGAAAGAAAAGUUCUCAGGGGAAGAAGAAGGAGGGAAUGAAGCUGGGAACUCCUGGGAGUCGGACGAAAAAGUCAUCAAGGAAGUUCUCAACAAAGAAAACAUAAAGUCUUCCUCCAGUUCUUCAUCCUCACUUAGUGAGUCCCCGCCCUCUUCCCCGGCUCCUCCACUCCUCAAGAAGAAAAGAAUGCUCCUCCUUCCACCACGUAAUGAACCAUCCUCACAUAGUGAGUCCCCGCCCUCUUCCCCGGCUCCUCCACCCCUCAUGAAGAAAAGAAUGCGCCUCCUUCCACCACGUAAUGAACCAUCCUCACUUAGUGAGUCCCCGCCCUCUUCCCUGGCUCCUCCACCCCUCAAGAAGAAAAGAAUGCGCCUCCUUCCAGCACGUAAUGAACCAUCCUCACUUAGUGAGUCCCCGCCCUCUUCCCCGUCUCCUCCACCCCUCAAGAAGAAAAGAAUGCGCCUGCUUCCACCACGUAAUGAACCAUCCUCACUUAGUGAGUCCCCGCCCUCUUCCCCGGCUCCUCCACUCGUCAAUAAGAAAAGAAUGCACCUCCUUCCACCACGUAAUGAGCCAUCCUCACUUAGUGAGUCCCCGUCCUCUUCCCCGGCUCCUCCACCCCUCAAGAAGAAAAGAAUGCACCUCCUUCCACCACGGAAUGAGCCACCCCCAGUUUCUUCACCAUACUAUGUUUCUAGGCUUAUUGAGGAAGAAAUUAAUGACGAUUGGAAGGCAAUCAGAGAGUCAUUGAUUGCCAAGGAAUCAUCAACGACAUAAGGAGGCAUAACUCUUUUGCAUUCAUCCCUUCCACCACCUUGCAUCUGGCAUAUGGGGACGACUGAGGUUGUUGGAGGCACUACCUCAGAAUGCUUUAGCCAAAAGAGACACUGCCCCGAUCCCGUCCAGGAAGGUCUUCUUUUAUUUAGGAUCCUUUUCCUUAUAGAGCCUUUUAAUUUAGUAUUAUGAUUUGGAUGAUAGUAAGAAAUAUAGAAUGCUUAUUUUGAUUUAAUCGAUUAUACAAUGAUACUACUUUAUUCUGACUCAGUUUUAGAAAUAACCCAG